AUGACAAAUUCAUUCCUUUUUUAUUUUAGAUAUAUUUACACAGGGUAUUUUUCAUUUAAUGAUAAUGAGAAUAAUCAAGAAUUUUUACUUGACUUGAUAUUCGCAGCCGAUGAAUUAAAAUUAAAUGAUUUAGUCAAACAUUUACAAAUUUUUAUUAUUGAAACUAAUUCAAAUUGGAUAAGAAAUAAUUUAAUUAAAAUUUAUCAAUUAUCAUUAAAAAGGAAUUUUGAUAUAAUACAAGAUCAUUGUGUGAAAUUAAUUGAAAAAGAACCUACAAUAUUAUUUAUAUCAAAUAAUUUUUUUUUAUUAAAAGAAUCAGAUUUAAUUAAAUUAUUAAAACGUGAUGAUUUAGAAUUACAAGAGAUUGAUAUUUGGAGAUAUUUACUUAAAUGGGGUUUAGAACAAGAUCCUACUUUAAUAGUAUCAAAUAUUAAAAAAUGGUCAAAUGAAGAAUUUUAUAAAUUAGAAAAGAGAUUACAUAAAUUAAUUCCAUUUGUUAGAUUUUAUAGUAUGUCAGCAACUCAAUAUUAUGAAGAAGUUCGUCCUUUUAAAAAAAUUUUACCUAAAAAAUUAAGAGAAGAUAUUAAAGCUUUUUAUAUUUUAUCAAAUAAUGUACCGCCUCCUGAUGCUUUACCUCCAAGAAGAUUAUUUAGACAUGAAACUAUACUUAAAAGGCAACAUCAGAUGCGUGAUAGAAUUAAUCAACAUUAUACCCCUCGUCAUAGUAUGAUUGUAGAUAUUUUUGAUAGAAAUAAUAUAACACCUACUCCUGUCCCACCUGAAGCCCCACCUUAUACUUUAGGUAAACAUAAAAAUAUUAGUGAUCAUGAUAUUAAAAUUAAAUAUCAUGAUUUUUUUUCCGUAGAAAGAGAAAAUUCUCCAAUUCUUAAUAUUGCUGAUUUUAGUUCUGUUUUAAUUAACAAAAAUCAAGCUAAACGUAUAGUACGUUGGAUUGAUGAAAAAAAAAAUUUUAUAGUUUGUGGUGAAAGGGUUAAUAAUAAUUCACAUAUACUUAAACUUUUAUUAAGGGGUAGUAGGGAUGGUAUGUCAAGAGAAACUUUUCAUUAUUUAUGUGAUAAUAAAGGACCAACAGUAAUUGUAGCAAAAGUUGAAAAAUCAAAAAAUAUUAUUGGUGGUUAUAAUCCUAAUCCUUGGACCAGUUCAAAUAAAUGGAUUGAAUCAACUGAAAGUUUUAUUUUUUCUUUUAAAUCUGAUGGUAAUAGGGAAGGAAUUGAUGAUAUUAUUCUUAGUAGAAUAAAAAAUCCUUGUGCUGCUAUUUUUGAUGGUGAUAAUCAAUAUGAUGUAGGUUUUAGUUCGGAUUUACAAUUAUUUAUGGGAACUUAUGAACGUAAUAAUUAUGAAAAAAAAAUUAUGGAAGAAAAUCAAUUCAGGAUGAUAGAUUAUGAAGUUUUCUUAGUUAAAAGGGUAAAUAAAAAUGAUCGAAUCGGUUAA